GCUAGCUGGCUCGCUAACAACAAACAGGCCAGCAAGACUGAGUACAUAUCCGUGCAUGUUCUGGCGACAACACUCGGCGUGGAUGUCGAGGGACAUCGCCAGAUAGCAAGUCUCAAGUAUAAGCGCCAAACAAAAUGAGUCUGUAUAAAACAGGAUUAUGCGACUCGUUACUAAAUUGGCUGCAGACGUUCCAGGUGCCCUCCUGCUCCAGCAAGCAGGACCUGACCAGCGGAGUGGCUGUGGCCCACGUGCUCAACAGACUAGACCCCUCCUGGUUCAAUGAGGCCUGGCUGGGCAGGAUCAAGGAGGAGAGUGGUGACAACUGGCGCCUUAAGGUUAGCAACCUGAGGAAGAUCCUGCAGAGCUUGCUGGAGUACUACCAUGACGUGCUCGGCCACCAGGUGUUAGAAGCCCACCUGCCAGACGUGAGUCUGAUUGGGGAGAUGGGGGACGAGGCGGAGCUGGGCAAGCUGGUGCAGCUGGUGUUGGGCUGUGCUGUCAGCGGAGAGAAGAAGCAAGAGCAGAUCCAGCAGAUCAUGACCCUGGAGGAGUCCGUCCAGCACGUCGUUAUGGCAGCCAUCCAGGAACUGCUCGCCAAGGAGCCAUCUGAACCAGGAAGUCCUGAGACCUACGGUGACUUUGACAACCAGUCCAGGAAGUAUUAUUUCCUGAGUGAGGAGGUGGAGGAGAAGGAGGACUUGGGGCAGCGCUGCAAAGACCUGGAACAGCAGCUCCUGGCUGCACUGGAGGAGCGGUCGUCUCUCCAGGCGGAGGCACGCGCCCUGCGGGAGCGUCUGAUUGGUGGAGAGCCUCCGGAUGCCGCCACCGCCAUCACGGCUAAGAAGCUGCUGCUGCUGCAGAGCCAGAUGGAACAAGUCCAGGAGGAGAACUACAGACUGGAGACGAGCAGAGACGACCUGUGUGUGCGGAGAGAUGUGCUGGAGAGAGAGAUGAUGGAGCUGCAGCAUCGUAACGAGGAGCUCACCAGCCUGGCCCAGGAGGCCCAGAGCCUCAAAGAUGAGAUGGACAUCCUCAGACACUCAUCAGACAAGGUGAGCCGUCUGGAGGCGAUGGUGGAGACGUACAGGAGGAGGCUGGAGGACCUGGGGGACUUGAGGAGGCAGGUGAAGCUCCUGGAGGAGAGGAACACUAUCUACAUGCAGCGCACCUGCCAGCUGGAGGAGGAGCAGCACCGCUCCAGUGCUAUCCGCACCCAGCUGGACACCUACCAGAGACAGGUCCAUGAGCUGACCUCCAAACAUGCGUGUGAAGCUGUGAAGGCAGAGAAGUGGCAGUUUGAAUACAAGAACCUGCAGGAGAAGCAUGAGGCCUUGCUGAUGGACAAGGAGCGCCUGAUCUCUGAGAGAGACGCCCUGAGGGAGACCAACGAGGAGCUCAGGUGUUCCCAGGUGCAGCAGAACUGCCUCAGCCAAUCAGAGGGCCUGGGUGAGGAGUCUGGAACUCUGGGAAACCUGGCCUCAGAGAUCAUGUCCACCGAGUUCAGGGACACAGUGGUGGGGCUGCAGAGGGAGAACAGGGCUCUGGUGGAGCAGGAGGAGGGCUGCAGGCGGAGGCUGGCCCUGCUGGAGGAGCAGCUGGAGGAGACCCAGCGCACACACAACACUCUGGAGACACAGAGCAGGUUAGACCAGCAGCUGAUCAGGGAUCUCAGGUCUCAGGUGGAGCGGCUGCAGAGCGCUCUGCAGGAGCAGGGCAGCAAGACUGAGGAUUCGUCUCUGCUGCAGAAGAAGCUGGAGGAACACCUAGAGAAGCUGCAUGAGGCCCACUCAGACCUGCAGAAGAAGAAGGAGGUCAUUGACGACCUGGAGCCUAAAGUGGAUGACAAUAUGGCCAGGAAGAUAGAUGAGCUGCAGCAGACACUGCAGAGGAAGGAGGAGGACAUGAGGGUGAUGGAGGAUCGCUACAAACGCUACGUGGAGAAGGCCAGGACGGUGAUCAAGACCCUAGACCCCCAGCAGCAGCCGUUGCUAGGCAGCCCAGACAUCCAGAGUCUGAAGAACCAGCUGACUGAGAAGGAGAGAAAGAUCCAGCACCUAGAGCAUGACUAUGAGAAGAGCAAGUCCAGACAUGACCAGGAGGAGAAACUCAUCAUCAGUGCCUGGUACAACAUGGGCAUGGCACUGCACCAGCGGGUGGCAGGGGAGAGGGGGGGGGAGAGGACCGGGGCCCCAGGCCAAGCCCAGUCCUUCCUGGCUCAGCAGAGACAGUCCACCAGCGCCAGGAGGGGACGAGCCGGCCGCAGCUACCCCAGAUAACCCUCCUGUCCCUGGGAGGAGAAAGAGAUAAGACACUGGACUGUUCUACUGAACUACUGAGCUCGAAUGACUAGAAGCUUCUUCCUCUGGUACUGCCCCAAGAGGAGGGAGGGCCUGCCAGGGGGUGGGACGGGUGUGGGGGGUCGGGGGGUGGAGGUAUCUGGGGUCUGGCUAGGGUCAGUUCUACAGGAGCUGGAGAAACGUCCUCUCUUGUCCCAGUUUCUUUGCUGUUUUCUCUGUUUGUCUCAAGUCCUUCAACGUUUCAUGUGUUUUAUCGCUCCUAGCGGUUUAGAUGAUCAUGAGGACUCCCUCCCUUUCUCCCUCCUCCUCCCCUCCUCUCUCUCGCUCUCUCCCUCCUGUCCACUGUGCCUCAACAACCUUAAGGGAUCUCCGAGGGUUGUGAUUGGACGGGUCGGAAGAUCCGAGGGUUGUGAUUGGAUGUGACACUCGGCUUGUCUGGGAGGGCGGGGUCUGGACAUGCAGACCUCGUGUUCUGUGCGUGAGAAAGUUUUCCAAUGUAUGAACUACCUGACUUUUUUUAUUUUAUCAGGAUGUAGCUGAGGGGCGGAGCUCAGCUCGAAGGAACUUUUUUUGUUGUUUUUUUCCCGUUUGUCUGUUAACUCUUCCUGUGAGCUGUGACAUAGACUGAGGCAUCUGAUCCCCACAUAAGCUGACGGCUCAGUUAAACAAUCAAUUUUUGAAUUUAGAGUAAUCUUUCUACAUAUUUUUUAUUAUUUAAAAAUAAAUCCAGUCUGAUUAGUCGGCUUAUCUCCUUGUUUCAUCCGAACUGGAUUUAUCGGUGGGGGGAAUGUGAAUGUUUAUUAUGCUAGUUUGGCUCCUCUAUAAACGUACAGCAGCAUCAUGAAUCUGGUCUGUAGCGUUCUGCAGACACGCUGUUCCUGGUGUUCUACUGUGAAGGAGGAGGAAGCACCUUAUUAGAAACACUGCACCGCUGUUUUCAUGACCUCAUGACCUCGUGUCCUCAUGACUUGUGCCCCUAGGUCCGUGCAAUGAUACCUGUUUCUGACUGGAAACCACAGCUGUGUAUGAGUGUUUUCACUUCAUUUAGUUGAUCUUUUUUGGUGUAUGAUACAUUUUUUAUUGUGUUUAUCUAGUAUGUCACAUUUGGUGGUGUGAUGUAUCUUUUAUGGUGUUUCCUAGGCAUGAAGUAGCAGUGCUGUUCUGUAUCUGAGCAGCUGCUGUGUGACGUGUGUUUUAUAAACGUGUGUCUGGUCUAGUCUGUUAUCGUUGCCUAGAGGGUUGUUAUAGUGAGGGGUUAGGACACGUGUCAGUUAGCCUAUGUAUACACUACAAAUAAUACCAAUAAACUACAACUAUGGGGACAUUCUG